CAUCGAUCAUGCAUCCAUCCCUCUUCCCAAACUUCUCCUCACUCGCCACGUUCGGGCGGCCCGAUGUCACUCUCCAAUGAGCUCCAAUCAUUCUAAAGAAGGUCGCAAGCGCGCGGACUUGGUUCUAGAUCCAUCAUAGUGUACGCCCCUUUCCUCCUCCUUUUUGUGAAUCGACCUUCAUGACCUUACCCUCGGAAAAUCCAGAUCCAUGGCAAGAGAGCAGUAGUCAACUUGAGAAACGCCUACCGCGGUCGAUAAGAGGAAGUGAGGGGUACCAAAGAAGUGCAUUCUUGUUGGUGGUUGCAUAAAGUAAUUCUAUCAUCCCACCUCGCACAGCAUCUACCUUCAUUACUGUCCGUGUCCAUUGCGAAUCUUGUACAAUUGCAUUUCAUUGUAACACAAAGAUCUCGAGAAAAGAGAGAGAGAGAGAGAGAAAGAGCAAAGCCUCAUCAUGAGCGUCGACUCAACUCCUCCCACGGCCACCACGCCGGUGAACGAGAAAGCAACAGGUCCCGAACAUAUCGAGCACAUCACAACCCACGAUCGAGUUCCCGGGCACGAAAACUAUUACGAGAAGAAUGGCCUGCGAACAUACGGCGAUGGCGAAGACCACGAAACUGAACCUCCUAUGUCCUUCAAGCGACUUAUGUCCUUGGUAGCUAUGGCAUUCAUUUGGACCGGAUCCCAGAUCCCUGUAUAUAUCUUCGGAGCAAUUCCGCCCUACAUAUAUUCUGAUAUCGGUGGAGUGGAUAGAUGGAUUUGGUUCGUGCUCGCCAACCUCCUGGCUCUUGCCGGCGUAUGUCCCUUUGUCGGCUCCCUCUCAGAUCUCAUGGGUCGCCGCUACGUCUGCCUCUUCGGCUCAGGUCUAGUCAUGCUCGGCAUGAUCGUCUGCUCAACCGCAAAAGUGAUGAACGUCUUCAUCGGCGGGAUGGCGAUUGCAGGAGUAGGUGCAGGCAUCUCGGAACUUACUGCCCUGGCCGCAACGUCUGAACUAGCUCCUACUUCGAAACGAGGAAAAUAUGUCGCUGUUCUGAUCUUCACUAUUAUCCCCUUCUGUCCUUCCGUUCUUUGGGGCCAGCUUAUCGCCUAUCACGCUGGGUGGAGAUGGUGCGGCUUGUUGUGUGGUGUUUGGGUUUCUAUUGGAUUCUUCAUGACUUUGUUCUUCUACUUCCCUCCACCUCGAGUAAACUCCAUGGGUAUGAGCAGAAGAGAAGUUGUAAGUCAGAUUGAUUUUGUGGGAGGAUUCUUGAGCAUCACUGGCAUGAUUCUCUUCAUGGCUGGCAUGCAAUGGGGAGGAUAUCAGUACAAAUGGUCUUCAGCACACGUUCUAGCCCCCUUGAUCUUAGGCUUCGUCCUCAUCGUCGCCUUCUGUUUCUGGGAAGUCUACGGAGCAAAACACCCCAUGUUCCCCUCUCGCCUAAAGCAAGCACCACGCAUCCUCGCCCUGACCCUCGUCAUUACUUUUAUCUCCGGCGCUAACUUCUUCUCAAUCAUCAUGUUCUGGCCUACUCAAGCCUUCAACGUCUACGGCCAUGAUCCCGUCGGUGUAGGGAUCCGAGGAAUUCCUGUCGGAUUCUCGAUUUUGGCCGGUGCUUGUAUUGUGCUUUGGUGUUUGUCGAUCUUCAGAGGAAGGAACAAGGAGUUGAUGAUCGUGUCUUCGGUUCUUAUGACUGCUGGAUGCGGUGCACUGGGUUGCGCAGAUCGCUUCAACCUGCACACUCUCUGGGGACUACUCAUCCUCGCUGGUCUUGGCAUUGGAGGAAUUGUCGUCCCAGCCUCGAUUAUAACUACUAUCAUCUGUCCCGAUGAUCUGAUCGCCACAGUCACUGCUCUCACCCUCGCUAUCCGUGUCAUCGGCGGUUCAAUCGGCUACUGCGUCUACUACAACGUCUUCAUCAACAAAUUCAUCCCCAACGCCACCAAGAUGAUCGGCGGCACCAUGUUCGAACUCGGCAUCAAAAACACCUCUCUCAUCGCCGAAGCCAUUGGAUACACGGGUGCCUCUAUCCUCCCUCUCCUGCGCACCAUUCCCGGCAUCGGCAUGAACGAGACGGCGUACGAGAUGGUUGUUUUAGCGGGCCAGGAAGCAUAUGCUGCGAGCUACAAGUAUGUGUAUUACACGAGUACCGCGUUUGGGGCGGUUAGUAUUAUCGCGGCGUGCUUUUUGGGGGAUAUUAGUCCGUAUAUGGAUGAUCAUGUUGCGGUUCUUAUUCAUUAGAUGAGGGGAAAUUGCGAGAUGGUUCUUCGCUGGAUGUUUCAGACGAAGAGGAAGAGAUUAUCCAAUCUAUUCGUAUGUAUGAUUUGUGCUCCAUUUGCACCAUCGAAUUUCUCUCGUGUUUGAUUUCCGUAAUAAUUAUGUCGCCGUUAAA